UAUUAAAUAACGAGACUGCGCGCACAGAAGGCGUCUUAGAGGGGUAAGGUGGGAAACGAAUGCAGCGUUGGAUAGCUGGAAGUGUCUACUAUUUUUAGUACGAAAGCACGUUUUUGUCGCUAUAGUAGUAUUUUUUCUGUAGAGGUUAGAAACAAACGUGUUUUUUUUUCGUGCCGAUAACAAUGUGUGACGAAAAACACGAGCAACGGAUCAAUGUGAAAUUUCUCGUUAAAUUAAACAAAACUCCGACUGAGUGCUAUAAGUUGUUGAAAGAGGCCUAUGGUGAGAAUUCUCUAUCUCGUGCGCGUGUUUUCGAAUGGUAUAAACGGUUUUCUGAAGGCCGAGAGAGCACCGAAGAUGACCAACGUCCAGGUCGACCAGUCUCUGUUUCAACUCCGCAAACAGUAACCAAAAUAAAUGAAAUUGUGCGCGGAGAUCGUCGUAUGAGCAUUCGGAUGAUUGCUGAGACUGUAAAUGCCGAUAAAGAAACUGUCAGAAAAAUUUUACAUGACGAAUUGAACAUGAAGAAAGUCUGUACGAAGUUGCAGGACAACGCACCUGCCCAUAACGCGCUGUCUGUGAAGCGUUAUUUAGCCGCUAAAGGCACUCCAGUGCUCGAACACGCGCCGUACUCGCCUGAUUUAGCACCCUGUGAUUUUUUCCUGUUUCCGAAGAUCAAGUCUGCCUUAAAAGGAACUCGGUUCGAGUCGAUAGAAGAGGUGAAGCGAAAAUCGGCGGAGCUCCUAAAUGCUCUUACAAAAGAAGACUUCCAGCAUUGCUUUGACCAAUGGAAAAAACGAAUGGAACGGUGUGUGGCGAGGGAAGGGGAGUACAUUGAAGGGGAGCAUUCGAUUGUAGAAUAAUUUUUAAAAUAAAACUCUUUUUCAUAAGCAGUCUCGUUAUUUAAUAG